AUGCUUUCGUAUUUCUUUUCCCCGCACGGUGAAGUUCAUUUAGGGGUACUCGCGCUACUUCUGUUCGGCGCGCUCUGGCUGUGGCAUGCGAGAAAGUGUCAUCAUGAGCCUUUAGCGAACGACAAGCUCGCCCAUGCGAAAGGCACGCCACCUACGUUCCCUUACGUCUUCCCUUUCUUGGGGAGUCUUCCAAUCGCAUAUCUGUUCAACCCGAGAGCAUAUGUAUUGAAUCCGAAUAAUUUCUUCCAGAGCAAGCAACCUACGCGAGUCAAGAUACUUAACCAAGAGUUCUAUGUUGUCAGCGGAGUGGACAAUUUAAAGGCGCUUUUCAAGGGUUCUUCAGCAUGCACAUCUAUUCCCUUCGUUAAAUUUGCCCUUGGAUACGCAUUUGGCUUGCCAGCCCGGGCGCUGAAGCUUUUUGACAAGGAUGACUCAGGCGGCAACCCUGUGCCUCACCCUGAUAGUACCGUGGAGGUUCGUAAUCGGAUUGACUACCGCGUGCACGACUCUCUGACCCGAUUUCUGGAAGGAAAAGGGCUUCCAUCCUUUUGGAACAGGUUCGCAGCCAAGAUCACGCAGCGACUGCACGCUAUGCAUAGUCGCAUUCGGUCUGACUGGACUUAUCAACCCGACUUGAUGAAGGUAGUAGGGGACGAGGCUACCGUAGCGAUCCUCGACGCCCUCUGCGGCCCGUAUCUUUUGGCUUUGAAUCCGGAUUUUCUUGAGAGCUUUUGGAACUUCGAUCGCAAUUUGCAGACUUACCUCCAAGGUAUCCCCUGGUUUCUCGCUCCAAGGGCGUACGCGGAGCGUAAGAGAGCAUUGGACGCCGUGAAAACUUGGCAGCAGCACGCACGAGAUCACUUCACCGAAUCUUCCAUUGGUGCCGAUGGCGACGACCCGUUCUGGGGUUGCAGCUUCUUUAGGGAGCGGCAGAAAAUGUUUCUAGAAAUGGACGGCUUCGACUACGCGGCCAUCGCAUCUCAGGACUUCGGCGCAAUAUGGGCGUCGCGUAAUUCUGUUACUGCUACCUCUUGGGCUAUCUUCGAUAUAUAUCGAGACCCCGAGCUUUUGGCUAGUGUUAGAGCUGAGGUUGAUGCCUGUAGAGUCGAUGCUGGACGUGAAGAUGCACCACCCAUUAAGUUUGAUUUUGACCGUCUAUUUCGCUUACCGGUCCUUCAGGCGACCUACGCCGAGACGCUUCGGCUCCGAAUGCAUUUCUAUAUUAUCAGAAUGCCCGACAGAGUCGAUAUGCGAAUCAGAGAUUGGGUCAUACCCAGGAAGAAAGUUAUUGUGACAGCGACGACGGUUGCACACAUGGAUUCCGAAGUGUGGAAUACCGGCACGAACAACGAGCAUCCUGUCGACCAAUUUUGGGUCGGAAGAUUUCUCAGGCAUCCAACUAAAAGUGCCGAUGAUGGCCGUUCGAAAUUACAGGACCAUGCUCCAACAUUCUCGGCCAAGGAGGUUGAGGGGGGAUGGAUCCCUUAUGGAGGAGGGGUUCGCCAAUGUCCUGGUCGGCACUUCGCAAAGCGCCAGAUACUAUUGACAAUCGCGUUGAUGGUCAGCCUAUUCGAUUGCGAUAUUAUAGGAGAAGGUUUAAACGCGAAGGAAGACUUCUCGCUGAACGGUUUCGGAGGCGGCGUGUCGCACUCAGCUGGAAAAAUACCGGUAAGGAUACGGCGUCGCCCAGGCAAGACUAACCCGCGGCUGGAGGUUUGA